AUGGUGUUGGCAGAGCUUGGUAGAAAAAUCACUGCGGCCUUCUCCAAACUGACCGGCCAGGCCUCCCUCGACGAAAAGCUGCUCAAGGAGGUCCUGCAGGAGAUCUGCGUGGCCCUGCUGCAGGCCGACGUGAAGGUGCACUACGUGGCCCGCAUGCGGGACAGCAUCACUGCUCGCCUGCUGGCCAUGGAAAGCGUGGUCAACGUCAAGCGAGCAGUCCAGACCGAAGUGGUCAACGAGCUGGUCAAGAUGCUCUCUGUAGAUCGGAAGCCCUUCCAGCCGGCCAAGGGCAGGAGCAACGUGGUCAUGUUCGUCGGGCUGCAGGGCAGCGGGAAGACCACCACCUGCGGGAAGUAUGCCAACUACUACCAGAAGAAGGGGUGGAGGGUCGCCCUCGUCUGCGCGGAUACCUUCCGAGCAGGUGCUUUCGAGCAGCUCAAGCAGAACGCUACGCGCAUCCGGGUGCCGUUCUACGGUAACGAGAUGGAGACCGACCCCGUGCAGAUCGCAGCACGGGGGGUCGAGAUCUUCAAGAAGGAGGGGUUCGAACUGAUAAUCAUCGACACCUCGGGACGGCACAAGCAGGAGGCCGGGCUGUUCGAGGAGAUGAAGCAGAUCGAGGCGGUGGUCAAGCCCAACGACGUCAUCUUCAUCAUGGACAGCUCGAUCGGACAGAACUGCUUCGACCAGGCGGCCGCCUUCAAGAAGUCCGUGGAGGUGGGCUCGGUGAUCAUCAGCAAGCUGGACGGGCACGCGAAGGGCGGAGGGGCGAUCUCGGCGGUGGCGGCCACACAGUCGCCGAUCAACUUCAUCGGCACGGGCGAGCACUUCGAGGACUUCGAGCAGUUCGAGGCGGCGUCCUUCGUGAAGCGGCUGCUGGCUGGGGACAUCGGCAAGCUGAUCGACCGGAUGAAGAGCGUGGAGCCCGAGUCGCAGGCCGAAAUCAUGGCGAAGAUCAAGAAGGGCAAGUUCGGCCUGCGCGAGCUGCGGGGGCAGUUCGAGUCGAUCCUGAAGCUGGGCAACAUGAACUCCUUCCUGUCGCUGCUGCCGGGCGCGGGCAACGGCCUGCUCAACAAGGACAACGAGGAGGAGAGCAUGCGCAGGAUCAAGCGCUACAUCUACAUGAUGGACUCGAUGACCGAGCAGGAGAUCGAGUCGGAGGUGCCGCUGUGCCCGAGCCGCAUGCGCAGGGUGGCGCGGGGGUCGGGCACCUCGGUGGAGGAGGUGAUGCUGCUGCUGGAGGAGUACAAGCGGCUGAAGACCAUGAUCGACAAGGUGGGCCCGGCCAACGUCUCGAAGCUGAACGACCUGAGCAACUUCAACCGCAACCCCGGGCAGUACAUGGACCAGCUCAAGAAGAUGAUCGACCCGAAGAUGCUGGGACAGCUGGGCGGCAUGGACAACCUCAUGAGCAUGGUCAAGGGCAUGAGCAAAGACCCCUCCUUCAUGGAAAUGCAGAAGGAGAUCAACCAGGCCACCCGCAAAAUGAAGAAAUGA